GAAUUUCAUCCAAAAUUCCAAAAAGCAGCGCAAUGGCUAGUCUCUCCAUCAUCACUAGCAACGCCUCAGUCCUCUCCGUUCUCCCGUCAGUCGGACAUCCUUCAGACACCUCCACGUCACUUCUCCGACUAUUGUUGAAUUACCCGUCUACAUAUCUGACCGGAAAACUAGAGGGCUCCUUCCCUAUCCCUCUAUCCCAAAUACAUCCUUCAUGCAUCUCCACGUGCUUACUCCGGCGGUUUUUUCAUUUUCUGAUGACUUAUCUAACCGGAAAAGAAGGAAAUUGGAGGUGUUGACACGCGCGGGAGCCAACACCAGCAGAUACGUGUUCGCUUCUGUGUUACCGUUCUCUCUCAUGGCCGUUAUAUUCUUCACUUCUAUCAAGAUUGCCGAUAAGCUCGACAAAGACUCCCUCGAAGAUCUUGCUAUAAAUCAGGCAGCAAGGGAAGCAGAGGAUGAUGAUGAUGGUAAUGAUGUCAUUUCAUUGGACGAAAUAGUUCAAGAGCCUGUGCUUCCACGUACUCGGAACCGGCCCAAGAGGGAAGUGUAGGCAUACAAUUUCUUGAUUUGCUUCAUUUAUAAUUGGUAUUAAUUGUAUGAUUCUUUAUCCGAGCGUGUGUAAACUCAUAGAAAGAGCCAUCGAACAAUGUAAAUUAGCUUUUUGAAGAAAAAAAAAUAACAGAGAAGGGAUUUCAUUGAGCU